AAGGCACUUUACUUGAAUCUGCAGAGAGAACAUUUACAGAAACCCAAAACCAAAGGUGCUCUAGGGAAUCCCCUGAAACAAUCAAAGCCACUGCGGCCCCAGAAGGUAAUGCCUUUCCCGGGAACACAGGUCUCGUGACUCCCAGCCUAACCUUCCUUCACGCCACACCAAAGUGUCGCGCGGCACCAGCUAGAGUGAAGGUCAAAGUCAACAGAAUAAUCUCUGCAGUUCGUGGUCUGUGAGGGUCCUUCUAUCCGAGGGAGUUUUCAUGAAAGGGCAUUUCGGAACAUUUAAUUCCAAGGACAAAGUCCAGUCAAAAGGCGUUCGGGGUAGGGUAAAGAGCUGCUUCAGAAAGAAUCUCCGGAAGACCACGGAGGAACCCCGCAGGGUAGCCAGGCAAAGGGCUGAUACUCGGCCGCUCGCGAAAGAGGGGCGCGCAAAGCAGCCGAGCCGUGCGUCUCGGGUAGGCGGGGAAGCAGCUGGAGCGCGACCGCCGCGGCAGCCACCCUGCAGCCACCAGUCGGAGGUGCAGUCCUUAGGCCCUGGCGCUCGGGUGGGCCCUUGGGGAGUCGGCGCCUCUCCCGGGGAGCUGCAAGUCUCGCCCCUGCCCAGCGCGGAGGGCGCUGGGGACGCGGAGGAUAUUCUUGGAGAUCUUGGAAGAGUCUGUAACAUGGAAUCAAUCUCUAUGAUGGGAAGCCCUAAGAGCCUUAGUGAAACUUUUUUACCUAAUGGCAUAAAUGGUAUCAAAGAUGCAAGGAAAGUCACUGUUGGUGUAAUUGGAAGUGGAGAUUUUGCCAAAUCCUUGACCAUUCGACUUAUUAGAUGUGGCUAUCAUGUGGUCAUAGGAAGUAGAAAUCCUAAGUUUGCUUCUGAAUUUUUUCCUCAUGUGGUAGAUGUCACCCAUCAUGAAGAUGCUCUCACAAAAACAAAUAUAAUAUUUGUUGCCAUACAUAGAGAACAUUAUACCUCCCUGUGGGACCUGAGACAUCUGCUUGUGGGUAAAAUCCUGAUUGAUGUGAGCAAUAACAUGAGGAUAAACCAGUACCCAGAAUCCAAUGCUGAAUAUUUGGCUUCAUUAUUCCCAGAUUCUUUGAUUGUCAAAGGAUUUAAUGUUAUCUCAGCCUGGGCACUUCAGUUAGGACCUAAGGAUGCCAGCCGGCAGGUUUACAUAUGCAGCAACAAUAUUCAAGCCCGACAACAGGUUAUUGAGCUUGCCCGCCAGUUGAAUUUCAUUCCCGUUGACUUGGGAUCCUUAUCAUCAGCCAGAGAGAUUGAAAAUUUACCCCUACAGCUCUUUACUCUCUGGAGAGGGCCAGUGGUAGUAGCUAUAAGCUUGGCUACAUUUUUCUUCCUUUAUUCCUUUGUCAGAGAUGUGAUUCAUCCAUAUGCCAGAAACCAACAGAGUGACUUUUACAAGAUUCCUAUUGAGAUUGUGAAUAAAACCUUACCUAUAGUUGCCAUUACUUUGCUCUCCCUGGUAUACCUAGCAGGUCUCCUGGCAGCUGCUUAUCAGCUUUAUUAUGGCACCAAGUAUAGGAGAUUUCCACCUUGGUUGGAAACGUGGUUACAGUGUAGAAAACAGCUUGGAUUACUAAGUUUUUUCUUCACUGUGGUCCAUGUUGCCUAUAGCCUCUGCUUACCGAUGAGAAGAUCAGAGAGAUACUUGUUUCUCAACAUGGCUUAUCAGCAGGUUCAUGCAAAUAUUGAAAACUCUUGGAAUGAGGAAGAAGUUUGGAGAAUUGAAAUGUAUAUCUCCUUUGGCAUAAUGAGCCUUGGCUUACUUUCCCUCCUGGCAGUCACUUCUAUCCCUUCAGUGAGCAAUGCUUUAAACUGGAGAGAAUUCAGUUUUAUUCAGUCUACACUUGGAUAUGUUGCUCUGCUCAUAAGUACUUUCCAUGUUUUAAUUUAUGGAUGGAAACGAGCUUUUGAAGAAGAGUACUACAGAUUUUAUACACCACCAAACUUUGUUCUGGCUCUUGUUUUGCCCUCAAUUGUAAUUCUGGGUAAGAUCAUUUUACUCCUUCCAUGCAUAAGCCAAAAGCUAAAACGAAUUAAAAAAGGCUGGGAAAAGAGCCAACUUCUGGAAGAAGGUAUUGGAGGAACAAUCCCUCAUCUCUCCCCGGAGAGGGUCACAGUAAUGUGAUGAUAAGUGGUGUUCACAGCUGCCAUAUAAAAUUCUACUCAUGCCAUUAUUUUUAUGACUUCUACAUUCAGUUACAAGUGUGCUGUCAAAUUAUCAUGGGUUGAAACUUGUUAAAUGAGAUUUCAGCUGAAUUAGUGAUAGAGUUUUCUUUACAAGUUAAUUUUCACAAAUGUCAUGGUUUACCAAUAUGAAUUUUUCUAGUCAACAUAUUAUUGUAAUUUAGGUAUGUUUUAUUUUGCACAACUGUAACCCUAUUGUUACUUUAUUUCAUAAUCAGGCAAAAAUAUUUGCAGUUAAUAAUAUAAUAUCAAAAACAAUUUGGAAACCAGCAGAAUUUUAAGCUUUUAAAAUAAUUCAAUGGACAUAUAUAUUUUUUGAAGAUUAAGUAAGGUUUUAAUUAUUCAACUUAAAAAGUAGAAAUGUAUUAUUAUAUGUUAUUUUUAAGAAAGGACACAUUAUGUUAGCAUCUAGGUAAGGGUGCAUGAUAGCAUUCUGUAUUUCUCUCAUAAAAUAGGAUUCGAAGAAUGAAAUUAAUUGUAUGAAGCAAUGUGAUUAUAUGAACAGACACAAAAAGACAAAUUAAACCUGAAAUUAUAUUUAAAAUAUAUUAUGAAAUACAUACUGAUAAUGCAUACCUCAUGAAAGAUUUUAUUUAUUGUGUUACAGAGCAGUUUCAUUUUUAUAUUAAUAUAUGAUCAGGAAUAGGAUUCAGUAACCUUUGGCCUCCAAAAGUACUGUCUCUAAUAGAGGACCAAUCCUAGAAAUUGUUUAAUAGUUCCUGCUUAGAAUAAAAGUAUCAAGUUUGCACACAAGUGGUCUGUCAGCUGAUAUUUGUAGCACCUUAACCAGUCACCACUUGCUAUAGUAUGGAAUUAUACUGAUGUUCCUUGAGGGAUUGUGAUAUGUCAGGCAUGGUUCUAAGUACCUUACUUGUAUUACCACAUUUAAUACUUAGAACAACCCCAUGAGAUAGGUAGUUAUCUUCAUUUUACAUAUGAGGAACCGAAGGAUAGGAAAGUUAUUUGUCAAAGGUCACACAGUUAAUAAGUGGCAGAGUGAACAUUCAAGUCCAGGUAGUCAUAUUCCAGAGGUCAUAGUUUUAACACUAAGUUACAGAGCUCCCACUGCAUCCCUAUGCAUUAUGUUCAUGAUGCCAAUCUAGAUGCUUGUAUAAAGGCACUGACAUUGUUUAGAGUGGAUUGUGUACACCAAAAAAUGUAUAAACAUAUAAUAAUAAUAAAUUAUUACUGCCUGUAGGGUAAUUCGUAGUUACUUACCCUAUUCUUGCUUGGAACAUGAUCCUGGAGACCCAUGGCAGUCCAGAUGCCUCUCUAUGCAAUGAAGUACCCUAGCAGUGCUAACAAAUCCCUGAGAUCACAGUCUUUCAAAAAUCUCUGUAGAGCUGGUCUUCUCCUUUUCUCUUCCUGAGAAGUUCUCCUGCCUGCAUAACCAUUCAUUAGGGAGCAGUUUACCAGCAUGAAGGAUAUUAGGGUAAGUGGCUAAUUAUAAAUCUACUCUAGAGACAUAUAAUCAUGCAGAUUAUUCAUAAAAUUUUUCAAUGCUAGCAUUCCACAUUUAAUUGCAUUUUGCUCAAACCAUAGAAUGCCCUACAUUCCCUCCACCAACAUUUGCUAUUUCCUUAUUAAAAUAGAAAAUUAUAAACAAGAUACAAUUAUAUGCAUUCCUCUUCCUGAACUUAUCUACAUAGGUACUAUUGAAUCCAGCUGCCAAAAAUAAAGACUUUAUUUAGUAGAGGCUACCCACCAGUGACUCUUUUCCUACUACUGCACUGUCAGUUUGGAAAUUCACUCAUGAUUCUCUUUUCUCCUCUUGGUGAAUUUUAUUAUCUUAUACUUUCUAACUGAGCUCUACAUUUUCUUUAUUUUAAAUAUAUCUCUCCCCACUUGGUAAUCACUUGUUAGUUCUUGGUGGGAAUUCAGUUGUGCAAUGAUAACUUUUAUAGGCAAAUACCUAAACAUUCUAUUAUAGUGAACUAAUGAAAAUAACAGCAUAUUUUCAAUAUUUUCUUGUUCCUCAAAUUCCAUUCUGUUAAGACUAUGCUAAACAGUUAAUGUGAAAAUGAAAUGAAAUAUUCCUAAAAGCUAGAUGACUAUUAAAGUAUAUAUUGUUGCAUGUAUCUAUUAAGUAGCCAAUGCUAUAAAUAAAAAUACCACUGUUACAGAUAAAUGAGGCCUUUAUAUAUGAAAAACAAACUUUUAUGAAAACGUACAAAAGAUGCAUCUGUUGUUUCAAAUGGCAUCAUCUUUUCAGUAGUAUAAAAAUUGAAUAAUUUUGAAGUUUUAGAGUAAGUCUUAUUUACAUUUCUAAAUGUUUAAAUGCUUUUCUAAAAAUGCAAAACUAUUAAUUGAUGUUUAGUUGCUUUAUUUUACUUCUAUGUGAUUAUUUUUCCUAAUUGUUAUUUUUUAUAAUCAUUAUUUUUCUGAAUCAUUCUUCUGGCCACAGAAGUAAGACUGAAUUUUGCUAUUGCUAAAUGUGAGAAAGUGAUGAUGAGAACUUUGAACAGUGGAGAUCUGCUACCUAGUCUGUGUUUUGAGAAGUGCCGCUUAGAAAAUUGUAAGAAUCUAGAAAAGAUACGCCGUCUUAAUCCUAUGCAAAAAAAUAAAAUAAAUAAUUUUUCCCUAUGAGGAAAAUAACCAUAAGCUGUAUCAUGCUACUUAGCUUUUAUGUAAAUAUUUCAUAUGUCUCCUCUAUUAAGAUUUAAAAUGAUAUUUAAAUGUGAAUAUAUUCGUGCUCACAUUAUUUUUCAAAACAUACAUGAAAUUUAGCCCAGAUUUGUCUACAUGUAAGCUUUUUAUUUAAAUUGUAAAAUAUUUAAAAGUAUGAAUAAAAUAUAUUUAUAGGUAUUUAUCAGAGAUGAUUAUUUUGUGCUACAUACAGGUCGGCUAAUGAGCUCUAAACUACCUGAUUAAUUUCUUAUAAAGCAGCAUAACUUUGGCUUGAUUAAGGAAUUUUACUUUCAAAAAUUAAUCUGAUAACCGUAACUUAAGGUAUAUCAUACUUUCAUUACAAUCAAAUUAUAGAAAUUAUGUAAAAGGGCUUCAAGAAUGUAUCCAAUUUUUUUGAUUAUUGAUCUCCUAUGUAAUAUGAUAAAAACUUAAUUCUUCUAAAUUACCACUUGCCAUUAAGCUAUUUCAUAAUAAAUUCUGUACAGUUUCCACCAAAAAAGAUUUAUUUAUGAAAUAAAGUUUCUAAUGUGAUACUUUAAAUAAAGUAUCAUAAAUGUAGUAAGUAAAUAUUUAUUUAGGAAUACCGUAAACACUGAACUAAUUAUACCUGUGUCAGUCUAUGAAACCCCUGUUUUGAAAUAAGUAAACAGCUUAAAAUGUGUUGAAAUUGUUUUGUAAAUCCAUGACUUAAAGCAGGAUACAUAUAGUAUAACAUACCUCACAGUGUUAAGAUUUAUAUUGUGAAAUGAGAUGCCCUGCCCUCAAUUGUUCAUCAUUCAGUAAAACAAAUUCUGAUAUACAUUCAGUACAAAUAAUUAGCUCUAAAUGAAACUGUAGUAAUUUCAGUGGAAACUCAAUCCGUUCUUACCUUUAAACAGUGAAUUUUAAACAGUGAAUACUAAAAAUGUUUUGUUCAGCCUAACAUACUGAGAUAUUUUUUAACUUUAUAAAUUAUUGAAUUUCCAUCAUCCAAAAUUAAGGCAGACUGUAUGGAUUCUUCCAGUGGCCAGACAAGCUAAAUUAAAUCACAGAACCAGAUGCCUUUGUAUGAUCUGCAAAUUGCCAACUUUAAGGAAAUAUUCUCUUGAAAUUGUCUUUAAAGGUCUUUUGCAGCUUUGCAGAUAUCCAGACUGAGCUGGAACUGGAAUUUGUCUUCCUAUUUACUUCUUUAAAAGCUGCUGCCCAUUACAUUCCUCAGCUGCCCUUGCAGUUAGGUGUCCAUGUGACUAGGUGUUGGCCAGUGAGAUGAAGUCUCCUUAAAGGAAGGCAGCAUGUGUCCUUUAUCAUCCCUUUAUCUUGCUGCUGGGAUUGUGGAUAUAACAGGAGCCCUGGCUGCUGUCCUCAGAGGAUCAAGGCCACACCGGAAGAGGAAGGCAGAUUAGAGACCAGAAAGACCUGACUACUUCCCUAUUUCCACUGCUUUUUCCUGCAUUUAAGCCAUUGUAAACUGGGUUUGUUAUAUGAAGUGAAAAUUAAUCCUGUCUGCCCUUCAGUUCUUUGUCCUGAUGCUGUUUAACACUGUUUGAAUUAACUAGACUGCAAUAAUUCUUACUUUUAUAAGCUUUCAAAGGAUAAUGUGCAAUUCACAUUAAAAUUGAUUUUUCCAUUGUUAA